AUGCAAGGGGUCUGGUGUUCCAAUUGCAUAGACCCCUUCAGACAGGAGGAUGGGGGUGCUUUACGCGUCCUCAGGCCUGGCAACGCGCGUCCUCUUUGGUCUGAGAGUAGGCAUUUCCGACGAGUUACCGAGGCUCGGCGCCGGGAACUGCUCAUCUCCUGGCAACCCGGGCGGAAAGAGCAUCCUGGCACGGGCCCACCCCAACCCCCCUCGUCUGUUCCGUGCUCACGCCGGCGCCAGACGGGCUUAUGGCCGUCGGGCGGUGUGACGUCCGGAUGGGUUGCAGAAGACCUUGAGCAGACGGUCUCAGAAAGCUGGUACCACGUCGCCAAGGCGGAUCCGCCUUUAAGUGGGCACUAA